AUGUCAGAGAAGCAUCCUGAGAGGGCGACAGAACCUGAACAUCCUCACAGGGAAAGUGCGACAUGUGAGAUACAGGAUGGAGCUGAAGACUUGGAACAUGUCCACGGGAGACUUCCCGGAUUGAUGGCUACCCUGAACCUGGAAGAGAGCAUCGGUCUUCCCACAAGGGCAGAUGGUGGUCAUGACACUGCUCAAGGAACACAUGGUGAUGUCGUUCCCCAAGGAGCACAUGGUGAUGAGACUUUCACAAUGGACAACCCAGCAUCAUCAGACGUUCUGGAGCGUCAGACUGGACAUGACGAUGAUGUUAGUGUCGUUCCUCAAGGAACACAUGGUGAUGAGACUUUCUCUAUGGAGAUGGUAGCAACAACAGAAGUAGUGGAGCGUCAGGCCCGGUCUGGGAAUGGUGCCAUGGCUGUUUCCGAGAGAAGAGAGAGGCAGGCAGUGUCAACCAGAAUCACUGCAGGCCCUGACUUUAAAGGCAUCAUCGUACAAGACUCCUCAGAUGUCAAUCUGUCUCUAGGAGGUCAGAAUGCAGGAAUAAUGAAGUCAGACUCACCCUGCAAGCACACGGACGAAGAGAGGUCUUGGGUGGGCACGUACGCCACCGUAGAACUCCAUGAAGCCGUUAAGAAGUAUGGUUACAAGGCGCUUCAGUUCUUUGACGUUUGGCAUUUUGUCACCUUUGCAAAGCAUGACCCCGACACCCAGCAAGAAGUACUCUUUGACACUUAUAUCGACCGCCAUUUCAAGGAGAAGCUCAAAGCCAGCGGAUACCCCGAGGGAUGUACCGAUCACGACGUUUAG